AUGACUGCCGCAGAAGGUACGCGGGGCGAGGCGCGGGGCUCUCCGCGCGCGAAUGAGGGUCGGCGAGUGGCUCGGGUUUCUUCCGCGUUCGCGCUCUCGGGUUGGGGGGCGGUCAUUGAAGGGACGCCGACCGCAUCGCGGGUCCGGUCGGGAACCUCGAGAGGGGAGCCCCGGCCCCUAUGGCUGCUGCAGGUGGACACUGAGGACUUCCUGGAGGAGGUGAAGCGGCGGAGGGUCAGAGGAGCGCAGCAGUCCAGCCUGAUGGCGGCAGUCCUACCCCAUCUCGGAGACCCGGACUUGGAAGCUGUAUUCCUGACAGCUGGGUGGAAGGAGUUGCUGUCCUUUGAGGAUGUGGCGAUGUAUUUCACCAGAGAAGAGUGGAACAAACUUGACUGGGCUCAGAAGGACCUCUACAGAGAUGUGAUGCUGGAGAAUUACAGAAACAUGAUCUUGUUGGGUAAUGACUCGUCUUGAAGAUUUGACUCAGUGUCUCUGCAAGUCCUCAGUCCCUUACUUGCCAUUCCAAAAUCAGAGAAACUCCAAAAACUAGUUUUUACCAUAACUCAUUUGGCUGCAAGACCCAACCUGUAAAGUCAUCAAGUGGUCAAACCUGAUCUCUUCCUCCAGGAAGCUAUGUCUCAUCCUUAUUUUUCCCACUUGGUCUUUGUAUCUGUUAAGCAUCAGAAAUAUCACUAUGUUUGAUUAAGGGUACAGCUCCAACCCCUGUUGGGGGUUGAUAAAAAAUGAUAAAAAAUAGACACACCACAUCACCUUUCUAAAAUCUGGAAAAAAUUUUGAAUCCUGAAACAUGCCUGGCCUCAAAGCUUUCAAAUAAGGGAUUAUGGGCAAUGAAUAGUUUCCUUUGGUUUAGAGGUCAGAGAUGUUUAGUCCACUCCCCACCCUGCUCUGCCUCCUCCACAUCUAUAAUACCUGUAGAAUGGGGUGCCUAG